AAUCACGGUCUCAGAUUAUUGUUUUUAAUAUUGGUUGUACAGUGAUAAAUAUGUUGGUUUAAUUUUAUUGCUAAUACUUAAGCAAUAAAAUAUUAUAGUGUUAUACAUAAUAACUGAUCUUUGAUGGCUAUAGCUACUUCUGCCCUUACUCUCGGCUAUGCCACUGAUUUCCUAUUUUAUUUAUCGUUAGUUAUAUAACUAUGUUGUGACUACUGUUUAUAUAAAAUAGAUAUAUUUAUUUUUGCAGAUAUACUUUCCUACAUAAUUGUAAAGAAAUUUUAAUUAAAAAAUGAAGUUAACAUUGUGUUUAUUUACGUUUCUAUUAUGGAAAAGUUCAACAGUUAAUAGUAUAAAACAAAAAUAUGUUGGGUUAGGUGAACCUAAUUCACCAACUACUGAUUUGAUUAAUUUCGAAGAUAAAUGGUUUCAACAGAAACUGGAUCAUUUUAACCCUACAGAAACUCGAACAUGGAAACAGGUAUAAAGUAUUUUUUGGUAUUAUAAUACAAGUAAUCAAUAGUCAAUAAUCAUAGUGACAGUAAAAAAUUAAACUACAAUAUGAAUUUCGUUUUUUAACUUAGAGAUACCAAGUCAAUAAGAAUCAUUAUAAAAAAGGUGGACCAGUAUUUUUGAUGAUUGGUGGAGAAGGACCGAUUUCCACCAAAUGGAUGUAUAAUGGGGCUUGGAUUGAAUAUGCUAAUGAAUUUCAUGCUUUAUGUUUCCAAUUGGAACAUAGAUAUUAUGGAAAAAGCCAUCCAACCGAGUAAGAAAUAAAAGACUAAUAAAUAAUGUACAUAUAUAUUUGUCAAAGCAGUUCUAUUUAACAGUCCGAACAAAUUAGGUAAAUCAGUUUAAAAAAUUAUGAAAAUACUUACCUUUUCACAUUUUAAAUAUAUUAUAGGUAACUAGAUUUAUUUUAACUAGGUAACAGGUAAGUUAAAUAUAGGAAUAUUCGAGUUAGGUCCCUAAAUGUGAUAUUUUAUCACUUUAAAUAAACUCAAGUUGGAUCUGUGAUGUUAUUUGAUAUACUCUAAUUGGGUUUAUUAAAUUAUAUAAAAAUUAUAUUAAUAAUAUACCUAUUUAAUAUAUUGACAACACAGCCGAGUAAAAAAAAAAUAACAGCCGAAAGAAAAAUAUUUUUAUGAGAAAAAUAUUAACCAUAAAAUAAUGUCUAAUAUUACACAUUAAAUAUAUAAUGUGAAAUUUACGAAGGAAAAAAUAUUUUAAUUAAUUUAAUAAUUUUAUAUAAGAGUAAACUAACAAGAAAUAAAAUGUUUGAUAUACUUUCUAGUCAACCUUCACAUGGUGUCUCUUGAGUAACUCUAAUAAUCUGGAUUAAGUUUUCAAUAUAAAUAAUAAUAAAAUAAAAUAUGCCAGAACACAAAUCGAGGUUAACCAUAAUAUUAAUAUUAUAGGAUUUCUAUUUGAAAAUAGAAAGUUGAUAUUCAGUUUAAUAAGGUUUUAGCCUUAAUAGGUAUUUGGUAAGUUGGUACAUAUUAGAUAAAUAUGUAUUAGGCGAAAUCACAAACAAUAUAAACAGAAUUCUUAAAAUGUAACCCAUAUAACUGAAACAAUAAAAUUAAAUAUAGUCUUUCAAACCUAAUAUUAUGACAUUAUAAUGUACAGUUGACUCAUUAGACUUUAUUGGACUCAAACAGACCAGUCCGGAUUUGCAUGUAUACUAACACAUAGAAAAAUACUAGUUUAUUAAACUCACUACACCGGUUAAUGGGGUCAUUUAACAAUAUGAUAAAUGACGAAAUUAGAAAAAACAUGAUAUUUGAGGCAAGUUUACAAUAUCAAUAUUUUAUUAUUAUUGUAGAGAUAACUAAAUCAUCUUUUCACAAUAGCAAAAUGGUAAUGACCCAAGCAGUUAUUGGUUUGUAAAGUUAGUUAAUAGUACCUAUGCAACUGGCAUUAUGUUAACUGGCGUUGCUGUGUAAAAAUAAUUACAUUUUGUCUGUUAUUUUUUUCAUUUUGUCAGCUUAAUCUGCUUGUUCUGUAAUAUGAACGCAUGUGAAAAAUUAAACUUUUAAACUUGAGACCUUAAAAUUAGGCAAACUUAAUCUAUAAAGUAGUACUCAGCAAUAUUUGUAUAAUUAUCAAAGACUGAGAAAAUUCAAUCAAUUCUGUUUAGUUUUAUAUCAAAAAUUAAGUAAAUGCAAUUUUUAUUUAAAUACGUAAUGUAAAUAAUUAAUUACAUUAUUUUCAUUCAUUUAAUCUCAAUACAUAUUUUAAAAUUAUUUCAAUUUUUGCACAUUUGUAUUAUUUUUUUAGGACCUUUUGCCUGGUCCCAAAGUGAGUAAUAAUAAUAUAAUGUAAUAAUAAAUUAUACCUAUAUAAUAGGUAAUGAACUUAAAUAAAAUUAUGACCAAACGUUCCAUAUUGGAUAUCCAGAUCAUUACACAUUUGGCCACAAUUUCAGAAAGAUCUUUAGUUUUUUUGUGUAUGUGGUUUAAAUUAAAUAUUCUAAUUAUAUUUUACUUGUAUUUAUUAGAUUUAUUAUUCUUCAUUACUAUAUGGUUAUUGUAUUUACUUUUAAAAUUUUAAACAAAAAAUUAUUUAUAUAAAUGUGUCUUUUAGACUGGAAAAUUAUAGUCACACUAAAAAUAAAUAUAAAUUGUAUUACAAAAAAAUAUAUAUCUAAAUUCUGCCACCUAAUAAUUCAUUAAUUAGGUAUUUCAUAAAUUCAACAUGAUUGUACUGAGUAACUAUGUUUAAUACCUAUUGAAUAAAAAUAAUUGUUCAUGUUUCAGAGAUAUGAGUUCUAAAAAUUUAGUAUACUUGAAUAGUGAACAAGCUUUAGCUGAUGCAGCAGAAUUUAUUGUCAACAUCCAAAGGAAAUACGAAAUCCCAUUUACAGCUAAGUGGAUAGCUUUUGGAGGAUCUUACCCAGGUUCUCUAGCAGCUUGGUUAAGAAUGAAAUAUCCCCACCUAAUAUAUGCUGCUGUGUCUUCAAGUGGUCCAUUGUUGGCAAAAAUAGAUUUCCCUGGUAUGUUAAACACGUAUUAAAAGGUUAGGUUAAUUCUCCAUAAAAUAUUCCAUUCCAUAUUAAAAGAAUUUCAAUAACAUGAAAUUGAAACUAUUAUUAUUUCGUUAUAAAUAGGCACAUUCCAACAUUUACACAAUAUAACACUCUAAAAAUAAAAUUAACCUUAAAAAUAUUUAAAUAAAAUAUAUAAGACUUUUGUAUACUUAAAAAUACAUAAAUUGUAUUCUACUACUAAUAAUAAUAUAUGUUUAUACUUCAAUACUACUUCAUAAAUCAGUAAAAUAAUAAUUAUAAUUUUUUUUUAAUUUCUUAAACCCAGACAUAUUCCCCAUCAAUAAGUAUUAAUGAUCCAUUUAUCUAGUUACUUUCUUUAAUACUUUUAAGACUUCAAUACUUUACUGUUAGAUGUAUUCGACAUUUAAAAAUAUAAUAGUACUUUUUUACAGAAUACUUUCAAGUUGUUGAGAAUGCAUUAUCAACAUAUAAAACAGAAUGCAUUUCACAGAUAAAGAAUGCAAAUGAAAUAAUUGACAGUCUUCUUGAAAGCAAUGAAGGAUUAAAAAUUAUAGAACAAAAAUUCAAGUAAUAUUCAUAUAUAUGCUCAAUAAUAAAUAAUAUAUAUUAAACCUAUAUUUAAAAGUGUUUAAAAAUGUUCAACAUGAUUCAUUGUUUUAGAUUAUGUGACCCCUUAGACAUACAUAAACAAAAAGAUAUAUCAAAUUUUUUUGAAACUUUAGCUGGAAAUUUUGCUGAAAUUGUGCAAUAUAAUAAGGACAACAGAUUUUAUGAAAAUCCCGAACGAUCUUCAGUAACAUUGGAAACUCUGUGUGAUAUAAUGGUUAAUAAAUCUUUAAAAACUUCAGUAAGUAUAUAGGGUAAAUGUAUAGAACUAUACCUGUUUACUUGUAGAAGCCUAUUAUAGUUUUCUCCAAGGUUUAAAAUUGUUAGAUUUUCAUUUCUAACUAAUAUUUUUAAAUAAUGAAAUAAUUCCUUUAAUAAUAAUAAUUAAUAAGUAUAAUGCUUAGGUUUUUUUUUCUAGUUAGAUAGAUAUGCCGCUGUGAACAAUAAAUUAUUGUCCCUUAAUGGUUUAAAUUGUACUGAACAUGUUUAUUCAAAAAUGAUUGAUUCUUAUUCAAAUAUAACUUGGGAUAGCGAAGCAGCAGCUGGUGGUUAGUAUAGAAAUAUUAUUAUGUAUAAGUUAUAAUUUAUAAUAUUUUAUAUUUUUGGUUAUUAUUGUAUGUAGGUACCUAAUGUUCUUGCUAAUUUGUAGUUAAUGCAUAAGUACUUAAUAAUUCCAAUAUUAUAUAAUGUAGGUAAAUUAUUUUGUUUUACCGUUGUUCAUUAUUUGUACAAAAUAAAUUAAAAUGUGAGAUUCAGUAAAAUAGAAAAGUUAAACAAACAUAACCUAUUCACAAGAAAAAAUAAAAAGUUAAUUACCUAGAAUAUGCACAUAUUAUGAACCAAAAAGUAUCUGUAACACAGAAAUUAAAUUAUUUUGUGGCCAAAAUCCUUAGAAUAAAACAUUAUUAUUGUCUAAAUGAAAAAUAUUUACAUUUUAAAAUGUUCUUUUAGGACGUCAAUGGACAUAUCAAACUUGUACCGAAUUUGGAUUUUAUCAAACUUCCUAUAAAGAAUCAGUAUUUGGCAAUCAUUUUCCAUUAGAUUUUUUUAUUGACAUGUGCACUGAUAUUUAUGGAAAAUUGUAAGUUAAAAAUAUUUUAUAUUUAUGUAAAAUGAAUAUGAAAUACAAUUAAUGAGGUAUUUUAUAACAGCUACAUAGGUGGUACUUUUUAAUUUUUAUAAAAAAGUAAAUCAUUUAUUAAAAUGUUAUUUUCGAAGGAAGCUAUUGGUUUUACAAUGCUGUUUAUUUUGUUUUCUUUGUUCUAGUCUGUGGUUAAGUUUUUUCCUAGUAAACUUACUCCGAUUUUACUAACUUUUAGCAUUUUUUUUUAAAGUUUAAGUUGUCUAGAUUGUACUUUAAACAGGUCAUUUUUGAUUUUCUACACCAUUUUUUAAAUAAAACCACUUAAGUGGAAAAAAACAUAGGAAUACUUACAAUUUCACGAUUUUAUAAAAACGCUGGCAUUUUCUACCAGAAAAAAUGGUUUAAUUGAAAAACCACAAGACACCUUUUUGUUGCCUUUUUGAUUUACUUUCUUAUGGUAUCAUUGCCAAAACUUUUGAGCCUUUAAGGAAUUUUAAUUUUUAGGAGUUUUUGCUUUAAUUCGGUUAUAAAUACAUGUGGAAACUUGAAACUUGGUAAUAAUACUUAUAUUGGACUUACCUAGACAUGGUAAAAUUUUCUAAAUCAUCUAACAACCUUUUUUUUUUAAAUAAGCGUUUUUAAAUCAAAUUUAAAGGAACAUUUUAAAAAUUAGGUAUUACCAAACUAUGUUUGAAAUUGUCUUUUGUCAAACAAUGGUUUAUCUUUACUUACAGAUAUAAAUGAAAUAACCAUAUGUAUCACACCUUCCUAACUUCCCACCCACAACAGUGGCUGCACCUGUCCCCAGUAUCAGCUAUUUUUAACAAUGUAUCUAUCUUAAAAAUAUUUUCCUUUAAUUGUUUAGUAAAUCAGAGUUACUAAUUUCAUUAUUUUUAAUUUUUGUAUUCAUAUAGGUCCAAUAUUUAAUACAUACUAUACUUUUACAAAUUGUAUUAUUAUGAUUUUUUUUUUUUUUUGUAUAGGUAUAAUUCAGAACUAUUGUCUAGAGGUGUAUUGAGAACAAAUAUUAUGUAUGGUGAAUUAAAGAUAAAAGAAAGUAGAGUAAUAUAUGUUCAAGGAUCUAUUGAUCCAUGGCAUGUAUUAGGCAUUACAAAGACAAAUGUAACAAAUACCGUUGCUAUUUAUAUUAAUGGUAGGUAUAUCUUUAAAAAUGUCUUCAAGAUAUGUAUCUAUUUUAUAUUUAAAUGAUAAAUACAAUAAACAAAUGUAAUAACCACGAUUAAAGAUGUACUUUUUCUAAUCAGUAUAUCUUUAAUAAUGGUGACAACUAAUUUUUUAACAUUAACAUGAUUUAAAAACUUCAUAUUUAAAUUUUUUUUCAGGUACAGCUCAUUGUGCAAAUAUGUAUCCUUCAAACAGUUCUGACCUACCACAGUUAAAAAGAGCUCGCAUGGCAAUAAGAGCUUUUAUAAAUGAAUGGUUACUUGAAAAUGACACUGAUGGAUUAGUUCAAGGUGAUAAUAUACAAUUAAACUGAAUUUUAAUACUUUGCAGAUAAUUAAUUGUAUUUAUUGCUUAUAAUAAAACAAAAUUGUGUUUAUUACUUACUAAUGAUGAUUACAAAAAUAUAUUUAUUUUACUAUUUA